AUUGACUGCAUAUUAAUUCUAGUUAUCUAUGAUUACAAAGUUCAAUUAUGUAAUUACUACACAGUUUAUUCUCCAAAUUGAAUUGGGUAAUUGUUAGUUCUACUAAGUUAUUCUUCUUAUUACUUCUGAUUAGUUCUAGAAGGUUUCACAUCAUUAUAAUUGCCCCAUUACUUUCCAUAGAAUCCAUUUGUUAUGCUAUAAUUAGAACUUCUCUCCUACUAUAUUAUAUACAGUACCGUCCUCUCUCGCAUUGUAACACUUUCUUCAAUAGGAAUGAUCACAUUCCAGUGGUGUAACCAGAUUUUACAGCAGUAUUCCGAUUUCUUGUUUUACAAUUGGCAUAAUCAUACACUAAAACAUAGCAUCAACCAUGCUUGAGGUUCUUACUCAUAGUGGUGGUCCUCAACUUGGUGUUAAGACGAUUCUACCCUUGCAAUGGCGUUGUCAUUCGUUUUAUGGGGUGACACGAUUAUUUUCUACAAUAUCUGGUCCACGAUUGGAUUAUGGAAACCAUAAAACUAAGAUCUGUCACAGAAUCUUUAGUAAACAUAUCCAGGUCAGAGGUUAUUAUAAUUCAACUCCUACUCAGAGAUAUAAUCAAGAAAUAGAGAAAUUGAAGUAUGAUCAUAUGUUACGGAAUAGAAUCAUUAAAUCAAGCAUAUUUAAUAAUAGUCCCUUACAGGAUAAGAGGAAACUUUCAGUAAAGACAAUAAUCUUGUUAAUCAUCACCUCCAGUACGUUAACUAUGGCAGGAUAUGUGAUAUCAGAAUUGAUUAAAUUCAAUUAUGAUGAAGAUGAUGAUGAUGAAUUUGAUGAUCAAUUACAAGUUAAUGGACAACAGCAACCUCAAGAAUUUAUUAAAACCAGAACUAUAUUCUUACCAUUAUGGCUCAAUCUAAAUUUACUUUGGCAAAAAACUUUUACAUUCCCAGGAGGAAUCUUGUACAUAGAUAAAGAGUUUUAUGAUUAUUUAAUAAUUGAAAUGGAUCAAAUGAAUAAAGAUACCAUUAAAUCUGAUUUGGAUAAUUACUUACAUGUUUUAGAGCAAGAGAAUAUAAAAUAUAGUGUAUUAGAACAAGUAUCAUUAAAUUCUAAAAUCAAACAAAUGUUUGGAUUACCAUUAACAGUGGAUUCAUUUCCUGAUACCAGUACUAUAAUAGUAGGGUCAGGACCAAAAUUAAAAUUAUGGGUUGAAUCAAAAUAUAUAAGUGUAUCAGGUAUACAAAUCCAAAUCCAAAGGCAUAUAAUGAAGAAUGAUAAUGAUGAUAAUGAAGUUACGAAGAAGAAGAAAGUGAGUGCCAAUGUGUCAUGGAUAGUUAAACCCAUCAAUAUAGCAUCAUCAAUCAAUAAUAUAUUGAUUCUGUUAGGAUUAAAAUUAGAUCGAUUAGAUAAUGAACAAAUCAAAACUCAUGAAAAGGGAAGUGGGAAAGUUCAUGAAGUACCUAUUCUUGAUAAACAUAAACUUGAUCAUACGAUUAUAAAUGGUAAUAAAGAUUAUGAAAUCAAAUUCUUAGGUCAGUUAAAACUUCGGGAUAAAAAUCAAUUUGAAGUUGGUAUCAUUCAAUAUCAAGGUAAAAUUGAUUUCGAUCAUCUUAUGAUCAAUAGAGGGAUUAAGAUUCAAUCAAUGGACUUAGUUGUUAAUUCAAUAUCGAAUCCAACCGAUCGAGUAAAGUAUAAAGUGCUUUGAAUAUCUUUCCAAAAUAUUUCAUCACCAUAUAAUUCUUUCCAUCCCAUCUCCAUAAGUUUUAUUUAGGCUAAUAAAUGCGGGUUACAAGAUGUCUGUUCUGCUAAAAAGCAUUGGCAUUCACCCAAUUAUAUCAAUAUCAUUGUAAAAUGCUGUAAAUUCGUCAUAUGGUAGACCUCUCAUUCAGUAAUAUAAUUUGUAUGAACAUCAACAUCACUUUUCAUAAUAAAAUAU